AUGGCAAUGCAUGCAGAAGGGCAGCGUGUCCCGGUCGCCUUUCAGGUGACCGUCAUUGGGAACCGUGGUGCUGGCAAGUCCGCAUUGAUUCGAGCUGCUUCCGUCGACAACGACGGAGCGCAUGAGGUCGGAGAUGGAGUACAGCUCCACAAGUUGGCAUGUUUCUACAACUCCUUCUCUGUGGUGGCUGACUUUGUGGAAAUGCCGCCCGAUGAUCGGUAUUACACUCUUCUACCAUACUUCGGUGGAUCAGCUGCCUGCAUCGUCUUGGUGGUGAACAUACAGGACGUGAGCGGCCACGCUGACAUGUGCAACAGGCUUGCUGCACUUGGAGCGCCUCCGCCUUGCGGCCUUCUGGUUGUGCAGGGCUCUCUGCCCUCUGGCGCAGCCUCUGGGGAGGAGAGGCGACGCCUGGAGCCUCUUCGGGAUGUUGCAGCACGCUGGGGGUUGAAGUUUCUGCGCUUCGAGACGCUGGAACAACUGGGCCGUGCCCAGAUCUUCCAGUCU